UUCCGAUGGCAGAGAUUCCACGACAUUUAGUAUUGUCAGCUGUCUCGUCCUGCUUUGCAUAGGCUACGACUACCCCUGGACGUGUAUUAAGUUUGGAUUAAUCAUGCAACCUCCGAAUUAAUAACCAAGGCGACCGAUCCUCCUUCACGUCCCAUCUUUUCCCGUUCGCGCUACCAGACCAUAUAUGCGAUGCUUGAUGGCAGAUGAAGGGUUCACUGCAUCCAUCGGGAGGACAACCCAGGCCACGUCGUGCCUCGCAGUCCGCCGGUUUCGAAAUGGCUUCUGAGCCUGAUACGCAGUCGACUUCUGAUCUCGACCGCCUCCAAUUGCCUACAAGCAACACUCGCAACAAUGAACAAUCUGUGGCUUCCUCCGUUCCUCCAGCCCAAGACCCAGCUCCUGUGUCAUAUUGGGGCCAGUCGUAUGGAACGCGGUCGGAUGACGGCAUUCUCGGCAAUGACUCCCCGAUAGAUCUGACGGCAUUGCAGUUUGCUCUCCCACCCGACAUCAAUCAAGGAGCACGAGACCUACCUGGACGAACAUCGUCUCCGGACCUACAGGAUGGGGAAUCACAAUACUUUGAUGAGGCUACGAACCCCGACUUUUUUGAGUCGGACAGCGUUCCGCUCACUUCCCGAGCACAGCCUAUUUCUGGAUCCCUGAGUGCGCCGGACGCCGAGGGGAGGGGCAGAGACAGCUUCCAGACUGUCUCGGACUUGGACGAUACUCCGUCGCAGAAUCGGAAUGUCGGAUCGCUUGGUUUGGGUCUAGGACCCGACGGCACUGGGGCUCGUCGUCUUACCCAGGGGCAAUCCCUUGCGGCGCCGUCCCGAAAUCAAAGAUCUCGGUCCCCUUCCACCUCGGAUGCGCUCUACCGCGCCGGCUCUAUCGUUCGUGCCAUAUCCCAACGCGUGGUGAAUAUAAGCGGAGAAGGCGAACCCUUUGAACGCAGGGUCUCUCACCGUCAAUCUCGUUCGCCGAGUGAAGGUCGCCGACAGCGACAGAUGAGCACGGUGCCUAUGUCGUUGGAUACUUCUUAUCCAUCACAGGCGUUCCACACUACUGGCGAGAAAAUCAAUCAGCACACGUCUAUCAUUCCCGAGCCUUCUCCUCCAAUUCAACCCCGACCGUCAAUGCGGAAUCCCCUCAAGGGGAAGUCACUCGGCAUAUUCGGGCCAGAAAACGGUGUACGCAGGAGGCUCUGCGAUCUGCUAGUACAUCCCUUCACGGAGCCCGUCAUUCUACUUCUUAUCAUUUUACAAUUGAUUCUCUUGACUGUUGAAGCGGCUCCCAACGUCUUUGAGCCUGGAAACGGACGGCCAACCACCUGGGGCACUACGUGGAUAGACUACGCCAUGCUCGGCCUGUUCAUCAUCUUCACCCUGGAGCUCAUGGCACGUAUCAUUGUGUCGGGAUUCAUUCUCAAUGCCUCCGAGUACAGCACUAUUGAUCGUAAACGAGGGAUCCGGGCUGCUGUUGCAGACCAGUACAGGAUGCUUUUUCAGCCUCAACGACAGAAAUCCGUCAAGGCACCGCGACAGAUCAACCUUGGGCCGUCGGCCUUUUCCAGGUCCUUCACCUUCAUGCAAGGCCAACCUCUUCCACAGACAGUGGAAGAACAACAGCGUUACCAGCUCGCACGGCGGGCGUUUAUGCGCCAUUCUUUCAAUCGUUUGGACUUUCUAGCGAUUGUUUCUUAUUGGAUUACUUUCUUCUUAUCAUUUACGGGUUUGGAAAGUGAACACCACCUCUACGUCUUUCGCAUGAUCAGCUGCUUGCGCAUCCUAAGGCUGCUUGCCUUGACGAAUGGCACCGCUAUCAUCUUGGGCAGCUUAAAGAAGGCAGCGCCGCUUCUCGUCAGGAUUGCGUUCCUCAUUUCCUUCUUCUGGUUGCUCUUUGCCAUUAUUGGUGUACAGAGCUUCAAGUCAAGCCUAAGCCGUCAAUGUGUCUGGCUGGACCCCGAAGCUCCAACGGACAGAUCAAUGGCGUUUGUCAACCAGUUUCAAUUCUGUGGGGGGCAUGUCAACCAGACGACAGGGGAGCUCGAACCCUGGGUACUCGCCCAAGACGAAAACAGCCUGUCGGACUUAGCCCACGGAAGUCUCAGAGCCAAAGGCUUCAUAUGCCCCCGCGGCUCCAUCUGCCUUCAAGGUCAAAAUCCGUUUGGAGGCACGGUGAGCUUCGACAAUAUCUUUCAGUCGCUGGAAAUGGUUUUCGUCAUCAUUAGCUCGAAUACCUUCACCGAUAUCAUGUAUUACACGACCGAUUCGGACUACCUAGCAGCGGCGCUUUUCACCGCUGGCGCGACCAUGAUCCUCCUCCUCUGGCUGACCAACCUGCUAAUCGCAGUGAUCACUUCGUCCUUUCAGGUCAUUCGGGAAGAGAGCCGAGCUAGUGCUUUCGCGGUCGAUCGUGAGCCUCUGGCACGGCCUCCUGAAGAGAAACGACCGAAGAAGACAUCGCCCUUGCGGCGGAUCUACGACAAAACGGAACUAAUCUGGAUAGCGGUCAUUUCCCUGGGGCUGUUGGCUCAGUGCUUUCGGAGCGCGACCAUGUCUGGUGGUCGCGCCCGGUUCCUCGACGUUACUGAGAUUGUCAUAACGAGCCUUCUUGACGUGGAGAUUGCCAUUCGAUUUUUGGCAGACUGGCGCUCAUUUCACCAGAGCUGGCGGAAUCUGUUCGACCUAUUCCUCGCCCUUGCGACUUCCAUCAUCCUGGUUCCUCCAAUACGGACAUCGGGGCAGGUAUAUGCCUGGCUCACCAUCUUCCAAAUACUUCGAGUGUACCGUGUUGUCCUGGCGGUUCCGAUGACCGGCAAAUUGAUCCGGCGGGUUGUCGGUAAUGCUACGGGCAUUGGAAAUCUCAUCCUGUUUGUCUUCCUCAUGACAUUUAUUGUGGCCAUCUUGGCUGUCCAGCUAUUUCGUGGAGAAUUGUCCGAGGACGAGGAUAUAUCUUUCUUCUCCAUCUAUAAUUCAUUUCUCGGCAUGUGGCAGAUUCUGUCAAGCGAAGACUGGACCGACAUCCUGUAUGAUGUCACCGAAACCCUGUCCCCAUUCAACACCCAUUGGAUUGGCGCGGUGUUUCUGAUUGGGUGGUUUGUCCUCUCUUUCUUCAUUGUCAUUAACAUGUUCAUUGCUCUCAUUCACGAGAACUUUGACGUCAGUGAGGACGAGAAGCGGCUGGAGCAGGUUAAGGCAUUCCUCCAGAAAAAGGAGCUUGGCAAGUCAUCUAACAAUCUUGCGCUCUCCAAUAUUUUCAACAUUGGAAGAGCGCGGAGGAAGAAGGACCCCCUGGAUUACGGCCCGGCCAUGAUGGAAAUGCUUUUGAAGGAUGCAGUUGUGCACGACUUCUUGGACGAUCCAAGCAAUACUUCGCACGAAGGUGCCAAUGGAGACGAGCACCAGCACCAGUCCCAGCACCCUACCCGAACAACAACCCUGGCCGUGGGCGAUUCCCAGCCUGGCUUCUCCAAUUGGUGGGGCAAGAUCGUCUUGCGCCUGAGCGGAAGGGAGCCCAAUCCCUUCUAUUCAAAUAUCCGAUUUGAAGGCCCGAAUGACACUCUCGACCCUCGGCAGAUGGCUCGACAAGCCGUCUCCGCAACGUCUGCGCGUCGCAAGGCACAAAGGGAAUACCUAGCCCGCCAUCCAACCUACAACAAUGCCCUGUUUAUCCUCCCGCCCAAGAACCCUAUCCGGCGGGCAUGUCAAAGGCUAGUUGGACUGGGAAGGGGAAGUGAACGGUUUGAUGGUGUCGAGCCGAAUAAGAUCGCUUGGUACACCUUCAGUGUCCUCAUCUACGCGGCCAUUGUUGCCAUGGUUGUCAUCGCAUGCGUCACUACACCGUUAUAUCAAAAGCAGUAUCGGGAGCGAUACCCGGACACUUUCCUCACCUGGUAUAUCUGGACAGAUAUUGCAUUCGCCGCUGUGUUUCUGACCGAAGCUGUCAUCAAGGUCAUUGCUGAUGGGUUCUUCUUUACGCCUAAUGCGUACUAUCGCAGCUCAUGGGGCAUUAUAGACGGUGUAGUUCUCAUCACUCUCUUGAUUAAUGUUGGCACCCUGCUCCUCCAAGACGGAGAAAUCUCGAGGGCUAUCGGCGCAGUCAAAGCUUUGCGAGCUCUGCGGUUACUCAACGUCAGCAACAGUGCGAGGGACACGUUCCACUCCCUCAUUAUUCUCGGCUGGUGGAAGCUCGUCAGUGCUGCUUUCGUCUCCCUUUCGCUGCUCAUCCCGUUUGCCAUCUACGGCCUGAAUCUCUUUAAUGGACUCAUGAUCUCGUGCAACGACGACAACGAUGGCGCCAUCGUUUCUCUAAUGGACUGUUACGGCGAGUUCAACUGCACCCCGUUCAACGAUGACUGGCCCAUGCUGUGUCCUCGCUCUGCGUCCAAUGACUAUUUCAAUUUCGACGACUUUGGGAAUUCCAUCUUCAUUCUCUUCUCGAUCCUAAGUCAAGAGGGCUGGGUCGACGUGUCCUUUGCGGCCCAAGCCAUUACUGGGCGCGGCAUGCAACCACAGCGCUUAGCGGCGCAGGGCAACGCGCUAUUUUUCAUCAUUUACAACUUGCUGGGAACCGUCUUUGUGCUCACUCUGUUUAUCGCCGUCUUCAUGCGAAAUUAUACCGAGCAGACUGGCGUUGCAUUUCUAACGGCAGAGCAACGUUCGUGGCUCGAACUCCGAAAGCUACUGCGGCAGGUCUCGCCUUCGAAAACGUCUUAUGACGAGUCAGAGAAGACGUGGAAGAAGUGGUGCCACAAACGCGCCAUCGAGAAAAGGGGCAUGUGGUACCAGGGCAUGACGGCCGUGCUGGUUCUUCACCUGAUCCUGCUCAUGAUGGAAUUCCGCCAGGAACCCCAAUGGUGGUCGAGAACGAGGGACUUUCUCUUCCUGGUCCUGGUACUGAUCUACAUGGCCAAUGUUGUCAUCCGUCUCGUGGGGCUCGGAUGGGCUAGGUUUCGCAGGAGCUCUUGGGACGUGUAUUCCCUGAUAGCCGUCGGAGGCGCUUUCAUCUCGACGACUUUAGCGGUGAUAAUCCGUGCAUCUAAGAGGGAAGACAUCCUGGAAGGCGAGAUCUACGUCCAAGUCCACAAGUCUUUCCUUGUUGCCAUCGUGCUUCUUCUCAUCCCUCGAAACGAUGCGCUAGACCAACUGUUCAAGACAGCAGCUGCGAGUCUCCCAGCCAUCGGCAACCUGCUUGCCACUUGGUUUGUCUUUUAUAUCGUCUUCGCCAUCGCGCUUACACAGGCCUUCAGCUUAACACGGUUCGGGUCAGACGAGACGAGCAACAUCAACUUCCGGACUGUUCCACACGCGCUUAUACUACUUUUCCGCAUGAGCGCAGGUGAAGGCUGGAACAUUGUCAUGGAAGACUUUGCCAACAUAGAGCCGCCGUUCUGCGUCGACGAUGCCGACUUUUUUCAGAGCGACUGCGGCAGCAAGCCCUGGGCCCGGUUCCUCUUCGUCCUCUGGAACAUUCUCAGCAUGUACAUCUUUGUUAAUCUCUUCGUCUCGCUAAUAUACGAGAGCUUCAGCUACGUCUAUCAGCGCUCAAGCGGCAUCGCUGCUGUCGACCGCGACGAGAUUCGCCGCUUCAAGGAGGCAUGGCGAAGUGUUGACCCCGCGGGGACCGGUUUCAUCAGCAAGGAGGCCUUCCCCCGCCUCCUCGGCGAACUUUCUGGGGUCUUCGAGAUGCGCAUCUACGAUGCGGAAGACUCUGUUAGCCGAAUAUUGGAGGAUGUUCGCAACGACCCGUCUCCUUCAAGACAUACUUCAAUCGCGACGACGAGCGCCUUUAGCGGCGUCGAUAUCGAGCGACUCAACGGACGACUAGCCCAGAUUGACGUCGCCAAAGUUCGCGAACGACGUCGGCGAUUCAACAUCUUCUUCGAGGAAGUCAUGGUCUCCGCCGACCCCGACAGAGGCAUUGCAUUCACGACAGUUCUUAUGAUAUUGGCACAUUACAACAUCAUCAGCGACAGCAAAAGCUUGAGACUCGAGGAAUUCUUGCGCCGUCGAGCGAGGCUGCAGCGAGUGGAUGAGGAAGUGCGCAGGAGGACCGUGCUUGGUUUCUUUGAUACCUGGUACUAUUCAAGGCAAUUCAAGAGACACAUGGAACGCAAGAGAGCCGGGCGCAUGACCGCUAUCCCACAGCUUGAUAUUCCGGAUAUCCUCGUGGACGACGAAAGUGAUAUUGGCGAAGAGCGGACCACGACACCGCGCGAGCGCGAGAGUGCGCAGGCCCAGACAUCCAUGCUUAGCGUGGACGACGCUGCCAGAGCACGCCCAAGGAGCUGGUCAGACACCAAUAGGGGAUCGUCUCUUCACGAGUCGACCUCACCACAUCCCCUUAGUAUGCCUCGAUCCCACCCGUCGUCUCCGCAGCAUCAGUCAGCACCCUCGGCAUUCAGUUUUGAGUUGUUGGAGCCGGGUCCCGCAUCCAGGGAAACCAGUCGGCGAACCAGUGUUGUCAGUCCCUCCCAGGUUAACGAUAUUUUGGACGACUCGGCUUGGGUGGAAAGUAUCCGGAGGAGUGCGACAGUGCGUAGGCAGGAUUGGAGUGAGUAUUGAGCCAUCAUUUAGCGUGUAUGUUGUCCUAGCGUUGAACAUCCGAUUUUUCUCCUUAUAGUGGUAAUUCGAGCAUGGCGUCGGAGGUGUAAAUAUACCGGCUUUGCAUUUUACGUAGUAAUUUCAUGUCACCUUUGUAUCUAGGUAUACAGCUUUAUUUCCACAGGUAGUUUUCGACACUGC